UGCAUUCAAUCUUUUUCGUCACACCCAGUGCAGAGUCAAAUGAGAAUAUAUUAGCCGGCUGAUGAAGUACACUUGUUAAAACCCGGACAAUAAGCUGGAGAACUGCAGGAGUGACGCUUGGAGAUCUUAAGAAGAACAAUGAGUAACAUGGCAAGAGAGAUAAUGGCGUUUAUACUCACCACCUCGGGCUGGGUGCUGGUGUCCUCCACCUUACCUACAGACUACUGGAAGGUGUCUUCAAACGAUGGCAGUGUAAUCACGACGUCCACCUUCUGGUCCAAUUUAUGGAAAACAUGUGUGACUGAUUCUACCGGAGUCUCCAGCUGCAAAGACUUCCCUUCAAUGCUGGCUCUGGACGGUUAUAUCCAGGUGUGUCGGGGACUGAUGAUCGCUGGCGUCUGUCUCGGGUUCUUUGGAUCGAUCUUUGCUCUGAUCGGCAUGAAGUGCACGAAGAUCGGCGGUCCUGACCAAACCAAAGCCAGACUCGUCUGCCUGUCUGGGAUCACCUUCAUUUGUACCGGUCUGUGUUCUCUGAGCGCCUACUCUCUGUACGCUCACAGAAUCACGUCCGAGUUUUUCGAUCCGCUGUUUCUUGAUCAAAAGUAUGAGCUGGGCGCUGCUUUGUUCAUCGGCUGGUCCGGAUCCAUGCUGUGUCUCCUCGGAGGAGCACUCUUCUGCCUGACGCUGUCUGACGUCCUGAGCAGCAAUUCAGCGUAUCCAUCGAACAGAAGAGCUGUGGUGAACAGCGGAGCAUCUUUAACGUCUCGUGCGCUGCCACAGAGUCAGUCGUCACACACCAGGAGACCUCCUCCAGAAUACAGCAGCAAUUCCCAACACUUUGACAAAAACGCCUACGUCUAACACACACGAUGUGUCACAUCUCACUGGGUUUUGUUAGCUUAUCAAGUGUCUUUGGAUGGCCAGCUCAGAUGACCUGUACACCUGUGAUCUAAUGUGCUUUCAGCUCUACAUGGACAGUAUGUUUACACAGCACUGCAUAACAUAUUUUGUUGACCCUGGAACAACAUUUUAAUCCAAUUAUAUAAAUUUGACCAUAUCUCUACACCCAAACUUAACCAAACCCUCGAGUAAUGUCCAAAAUCAGAUUUCUGAUGUACAAACACCAAACACUUAUAGUAAGUCUAAACUUCACCAAAUCUACAAGCUGGUUCUUCAGAUCCGAUUGGUUAAUCACAGUGUUGUUUCAGGGUCAACAAAGAUGUUUACCCGGGAACACGCACUCAGCAAAAUCCGGUUCUGCAUGAGAUUAUGCCAUCAUCUGUUGAUAGUUGUGUUGUACUUGAUUAAUUUCUGGCAGUAUACGGUGGUUGAUCGUGAUUUCGAGCAGGUUCAAAUCAGCCAGGAUUGAAUUAUGCUUCUAGGAAUUGACAAACGAAAUGACACUUUACUACAGAUUCGAGCUCCAACAUUGUCUGGAAGAUUGUGUAGCCGGUAUUGGCACAUCUCAAUCAUUGUUGUGAUUAAGAAAAAUAUAUGUCUGUUGAUGUUUAAUAAAUAUUCCACAUAA